AUGUCAGGAGAUCACCUGCUACUCCGGGAACUCGGGAACUUUGAUUUAUUACCUCCUCUGAGUACGGUUGACCCAAAGAACAAGACUAGAGAGACAGAGAAAGACUCACCUGAUCGUGAUGAGCUCGAGUAUGACGCUUAUGACAAUGACAUGCAAGACGAUGAAGAUCUCUUUAGAAAUCCUGAUGACAGCUACCAGCAACAUAGACAAGAUGAUGAGCAGGACCACAAGCAGGACAACAAGCAGGACAAUGAUCAGGACAACAAGCAGGAUGACGAUCAGGACGACCAGCAGGACGACGAUAAGGAUGAUGAUCAGGACAAAUAUGAACAAGAAGACCAUGAACAAGAUAAACGCAGUGAACGAUAUUCAAUGGAGGAUCUGCAAACAGGUCGUUAUGAUGAUGAUGAUCUGAUGGAAUCAGACCAAAACCAAGGCGAGGAUUCCCAAGCAGACAAUGAAUGUAUCAAUUCAGGUGUUUUUGAUGUCCUUGAGUGGCACCAGGUGAAAAAUGGAUGGCGCAAGGCUCCUUCACCCAGCCAUCUAUCAAGUUCCUUUCGCAGGCACUCGUGUCUGUGUUCUUGCUCGAAGUCUCCCCAUCAAUACACAAACAAACAUGCGUCUCAUCGGCGAUCUAUUGAGAGUAUCUGUGCUCCAUCCACUCAUGUAAAACAUCUGGUUCUUCUGCUACUUGCUCCAAGUCUCUGCAUCCAAACAUUUCCUGUGCUUCCACCAGUGGACUUUCUCCCUCGUCAGCGCUCCCCAACUCAAUCAACCCUUGUCAAUGGCUCUAAAUCUCCACGUUCAAGCAUUUCUUGUACUUCCACCAGUCACACGCAGCCCCCCUCUCAUGGGCACUCCUUAUCAAAGGCUCCACCUAGCCAUGUUGCUUGUCUUGCGCCCAAUGAGGGUGACCAGCCCAAGCACCAAGUGGAAAGGACAAGCAAACAAGCAAACCCCUCGAAGCUUGGAUUUUACCUGACCUGUUGGCAGACAUUUCUUCAGGCGGCAAAGUUGGAAAUGUGCCUGCAGGCUGUACUAAUGGACCCAAUUCCAGAGCAUUGUGACGCGGUAGGACUCACACAGGAAGUUCUGGAUGCAGAGUUAUGGAAAUACCACUCAAAGAAGAUUGGGUUGGAGAAUGGAUAUUUCCCGGAAUAUCGUGACCAGAUGUCACACUUGCUCUGUGAUGACUUGUUUACAUUCCAGACGGAACUCAAGAAAGUUAUCAUCUCUAUUGUGAAACAACUAUACAACAUCUUCCCGAGAAGCAGUGUGAUGCACGGGGACUCGGUGCAGAAAUGUGUUACUGAAGCAGCAUCUAAACUGAUUAGGUCCGGUGACUACCUUCAGCUUCCUGACUCAUCCAAGGUACAAGAACUUCGUAUUGCAAGUUCUUAA